GCUAAUAGCUUCUUGACUGUACUCUAAUUAAUUAAAUGUUAAACAAAGGAAUUUUAUCGAUUUUUAUAAAAUCAAGUUAUCGGGUAUAUUUAGUACCUACCGACGCAGUCUGUAAUUUAAUUCUGUUUGUUUUCUGCGGACAUCUUUAUAUUUAGACUACACGAUUUUCAAUUUUAAGUUUGGGCUGUCUCAUUUCAAAAAUAAAUAAAGAGAAUCAUACUGUCUCUGUUUUACGCUAGAACGGGAUGAGUAAACAUAGUUUUUUUCGUCUUAUUUACUGACAAACUGAGUUUGUCAGACUGUUACUAUUUAUUUGGUUUUUUACGUGUACAAAUACUACAGAUUUAUUGCAUAAUUGUUUUUCGUGUUUCCUCGAAAACGUAUUUGUCGUGCUACUUCAGCCAACCUCAGUACUAUUUGAACCUUAGUGAAAGGGCCAUCGAGUAUCUGAAGAGUGCAAACAAAUCUCUAGAUUAAUAUUUGACUUAAAUCCAGUAACUAAAAUGCCAUACGAUAAAUAAAUACAUAGUACUAUUUGUACCGAGAGUACCGAGCCUGACUGAAUUAGCAAGACACGUUCGUGAGAUCCUUGAAAAUACGAUGGUAAAGAAUUAUUUACUCCAUCUGUAUGAUAAUUUUCCGGAAGACUGGAUUUUUUUUAUCCCCGGCGCAAAAAUGAUCAGAGUAGGGAAUUAAAUAAAAAUGUCGUCAUGUCAUCGUCGACUAAACGUGACAUAUAAAUCGUAUCGAAACCUUUCUGUCGCGCACUGUAACUGGCUCCUCGCAAUUACAGCAUUCUCCCAUUACAUUAGUACCAAGGUUUCAGAGGUCCGUUUUACCGUAAUAAGGGUAAUUUCGAAACCGUAUAAAAGUGCCCCAAUAGGGUCAACGGGCACAGUUCGAUUCUAGGUGUCAUCCGUUGAGCUUCGAUUACAAUCAUGUAUUUAUUCCACCUCACACUCCUGGCGUUUGUCGCCCUCAGUUCCACCGCCCAGCUGCCAUCCCGGAGCUACCUCCCGUCCCAAAGCCAAAGCCAGGGCAGCUUCCAGAGCCAGGGAAGCUUCGGAAACUUCCAAAGUUCCAGCUCUGGAGACACUGGGAACACACGUCCGCAGCAGGCGGCUGAGAAAAAUGCUGAUAUUUUGAAACAGGACACAGAAGUUGGAGAAUCUGGCUUCCACUACAGCUUCGAGACCUCCAACGGCAUCAGGGCUGAAGAAUCCAACAACGCUGGCCAGUCCCAAGGCGGCUUCUCGUACAAAGGCGACGAUGGCAACACCUACACCAUCACGUACACGGCCGGAGAGGGGGGUUACAAGCCCCAGGGGGCGCACUUGCCCGUAGCUCCCCCCACCCCUGAGGCUAUACUGUUGGCCCUUCAGCAGAACGCUAAGGAUGAAGCAGCUGGCAUUUUUGACGACGGAAAAUAUGACGCAGCGAAGCAUGGCGGUGGAAUGAGCUCCAGCUCAUCAGGGUCAGGAUUCAGCUCCUCCUCCUUCCACUCAUCAUCAUCAGCAGCAUCUAGCUUCGGAUCCACCAGCCAUCAGACCAGUUUCAACCCUAACACUGGAUACAGAUAUUAAAAGCGCUAAAGUAUAUCUACGCUAACUCUGCAGCAACUAAGUGUGGCAGUGGCACUAUGAACGUCUUAUCUUUACUAGAAUUGUACGUUUAUUGUCCCGCUUCUACAUGAACUGUCGGACUCGGAGAAUUCGAUUUUUGAUUUGAAGAAUUAUUUGUGUAACUUUUUUUCUUUUAAUAUUAUUUAAUUUACUUCGUUAUUAUCAUUUUUUUGUAAAAAGAGGCACAGCUACUUUGUCAGUAGAAAAAGGCAACAAAUUUAAAAAGUGUAGGCGUGAAGGUUUGAUGUUUCAAAGAAAAUUUGAAUUACGUGCCUUUUCCUACUGACAAGUUGGGUUUUUUAGUAUAAAACGACAUUUUUGCUAAUAUAUCUUCAACUGUUUUAUUCUAUCUUUUUAAUUAUUAAUUGGUAGGUAACUUUUUUAUAGAUACCGUCAUCGUCAAUAAUAGCAGAUGAAAAACGUGCCAAAAGUAUGUGCCAUCCUGUAAUAAUUUUCCAAGAAAAGUUACAUCUGUCCAGUUUCCGCUCAAAAGUAUCUGUUAGAGGUUAAUUGUUCUUCAUAUAUAGACAUAUCUCUUUUUGUUACGUUAAUAGAAACUGCUGACUGUACCUUACUUCAAAGACUGCACGUGUAAUUAAUUUUAAAACGACGAACUUGGCAUUCUCUCUGGUCAUUGAUUUGUUACGUGAAUUAUAUAUGUAUUUAAUUUUAUUAAUAAUUACCAUAAAAUGUGCCUUUUUGCUCCCCAUUGGGUGCUUCAACAGCUUUUACAUAUGAUAAGAUAAUAGUACAUUACUAUAGAGGCCGGGAAACGUAGGGUUGCAGGCCAAGUAGAUAUAUACGGCUGAGCGUAGCGAAGGCGGAUAGAGAUAUGCGGCCGGCAACCCCGUUUCUCGCCGAGAUAUGUAUAGUGCUUUUCUCAAACUUGCAAUUAAAACAAAAAUUGUAGUCAAUUUGUUUAUUGGCGACCUACUCGGCUCGCCACUCUACCAGCGGUGUACAACCUUACGCGCGUAAGUACGCGCGCCUGCGCGAUGCGCCACCGCCGCCGCCGUUGCUUAGCAACGAAUAUGCACAACAAAUCACCGUACCAAGCUAACUGAAGCUAGUUGAUGGUUGGAUACCAAGACGUUGUGUCACAAUUUGACGUUAAAAAACAAAAGUAGUAUUUCCGGACCUAAUUUGACGUAAGUCAUGUCAUCAUUUCAUAGCAAGUUUGAGAAAAGAUAGUUUAUUAUUCACGUAGGCAUAUUACAAUGCGCUUAUGAACGUCAAAUAAAGCUACACCGGCUCUAAUCCUACACAUCUGAUCCGAGAAGAUUUAAAUCCCCCCUCAAUUGUACGAGAGUAUCCCAAUAUAGGGCCGGCAAGAAACUCGGCGGGAUACAUCUUUUCAAAACAUCUUAUAAUUAACAUACAUUAAAUAA